GCUAUAUUGAUCAAGUUAGAUUUUAUAAGGACGCACGUUGAUAAGAUCUUUCGUAUUUGCUAGUUCCGCGAAAAGUUUUUUGCGAUUAUAACAUUUGUUGUGACAGAUUUUGGCAAUAAGUUCUUUCAUUCGGUCAGCGUCGUAAUUGUUCGCCUAUGACGUCAUUUGUGCAUUACACAAGCGUCAUCGCUUAGUCUGUUUUGUGGAAAAUUUUUAUAGGAUUCGUGGUGUGUGGAGUAGAACCGAGUCGUCUGUAUUAUCUUUUUUGUUGUGUUUUUUUUUUUGGUUAAACACAGGUGCAAAAGUAAUUUCGUACUGUGCGCAUAUUUUUUCUCCUACCUGUGAAAGUUACGCGACAGUGUUUUCACUCGCGACCAAGUCACUUUCGGAGUUAAGCGAAGUAACACAGUGUUAUUUAUCUCCCAUCAUACAUCAUUGCACCAAAUCUGUAUUUAUUAUGGAGCGACAGUAACAUAUUUCUUAAAAUAUAAAAAAAGGUGCUACAAGUUUAUAUCAAGAUGUCCAUGCAACAAUUUUGUUUGCGAUGGAACAAUCAUCAACCAAACUUCAUUUCUGUGUUCUCAAAUUUAUUAAAUAAUGAAACAUUAGUGGAUGUUACUUUAGCUGCCGAAGGCAGACAUCUCCAAGCACAUAAAGUCGUACUAUCGGCAUGUAGUUCGUACUUCCAAUCGUUAUUCACAGUUAAUCCAUGCCAACAUCCGAUCGUUAUACUCAAAGAUGUUAAAUUUUCUGAUCUCAAAAUUAUGGUAGAUUUUAUGUAUUACGGUGAAGUUAACAUUUCUCAAGAUCAAUUGCCAUCGAUUAUUAAAACAGCAGAAAGUUUGAAGAUAAAAGGUCUUGCAGAAAUGCAUACAGCUUCAUUAACUAAAUGGCCAAGUAGUAGUAGCGAACAAGGAGCUGCCGAUCGUGGAGAAUCCUGUUCUCCUAGUCCAUCUCCUCUUUCUCCAUCCUUCAGACGAAAGAGAUUGAGAAAAACAUCAACAGGAUCGACAUCUGGAUCUGGAGACAAAACGGAAGAAAUUAACGAGAUUACAUUGGUUGCUACUAACAUUGUAAAACCUGAACCAUUGAUCGUAUCUCAAGAAAGCAGCGAAAACGUAAGGCGACCGGUGAACACAAGCACGGAAUCACAAGGAAGUAUCGACGAAGAUCAAAUAUCAAUAAUGAGUAACAUGGAAAGUAGUUCUACAACAAUGCCGGCACAAAGUGAUACCACAAUACAAAAUGUGAAUCAACAAUCGAGUGGAAAUGUAGCACAAAGUUCUGUUUCUUCUCAACCACCAGCACAUCAAGGAUUACAAUGGACUAUUAUGGAGCACACAUAUCCACGUUUCGCUCUGUCCUCGUGUCAAACGAAUCUGUCGAUCCAAGCGUCAUCAGCGUUUACAACGCCUGAAAUAACAACUUCUUCGACGAUCAGCGAUCAGUACUCUGGUACCAGCACCACUGGUUCCAGUUGUGCCCUGACGAGUUAUCCAAAUUCCUCGUCGCAUGGGGGGACAUCAUCGUUACAGCAUACAUCAGCAUCGAGUGCUCCACCGCCAUCCUCAACACAGUGUCCGAGUAACUGCCAAAGUCCCUGCGCCAGUCCCCAGACAGCGAUUAAAAGGAAAAGAUCAACAAAUCCACAAGCUGAUGAGAACUUUAUUAGAGCUCUCGAUGCAGUGCGAUACGGUGGUAUAGGCUUUUGUAAAGCUGCCAGAAUGUUCGGUGUAAAUAAUCGAACGCUUUGGCUCGAGUACAAGAAACGUGGUUAUCCUAAUAAUCGACCUAGCUUAAAGUCAAGAGUGAAACAAGAAGUUAAUUCUUCACCACCGCCUGCGGCACAAUCGGCCCAACCUGUAAAUUCGCAAAGUCCAACGCCCAUGGGGCCGCCUUCGACUCCACACAGUACACACAAUACCCACAGCACUCAUACUAUGUUAACCACUCAUAGUCCUCAUACCAUGUUAAGCGGUUAUAUCGAUAGUAGGCAUACAGACUAUGCACUUCCAAGUACUACUAUGCCAAUUAAUUUACACGGAGUUAAUUAUAAUACCAUGUGAGCUGAAUCACGAUCGGAAAAUUAUUUGUAUGUAUAGAGGAGUUUCUGAGAAGUAUUAGAUUCGCGUGAUGUAAAGCUGGAUUUUUAGUAACGGAAUUUAUUUAUAAAGAGCUCCAUAAUGCUAUAUUGAAAAAGAAGGGAAGAAAAAGAAAAGGAAAAAAGAAAAAAAAAGAAAAGAAAAGAAAAGAAAAAGAAUAAGAAUAAGACGAAUAUCUAUAGGCAAACAGUUCGUCACACAUUCGUAUACUCAUUCGUAUAUUCGAAAUAAUUGGAUUUUUGCCUAUGGAUGGAAUAAUCCAGUACUUUGUAUACACAAAAGAUUUUUAUAUUGGGAGGCCUCUAAUGAAAUCUUACUAAUUGGCUGAUUACAUUUCUCCCUCGAGAGAUUGGAAAAUUUGUAAAUUGAAUAAUUUAUUACUUUUAAUUCAUUCAAUAAAAUUAGUGUUGUUUUGAUAGUAAUGUGAUAUAUAUAAAAGAACAAAAAAAAAAGAAAAGAAAAGAAAAAGAGAAAAAUCUUGUGAAUGAAUAUUCUUCAUGAAAUUAUUCGUAAUUUUUAAAUAUAUAUAUAUAUAUAUAUAUAUAUAUAUAUAUAUAUAUAGCAGAGAGUAACGAUCUUGUUUUUUUUUUGGGGUGUUUUUUUUUUUUUUUUUUUUUGUAAAAUUUCGUUAACGUUAGGAAAGAUAUAUUACGUCUUUAUAAAGGUCCUGAAAUGUAAGCUAGAGUUGGUGUAAUACCAGUGUUGAUGUAGCUAAAAGAAGAAGAAGAAGAUGAUGAAGGAGAAGAAAAAAAAAAAGAAAAAGAAAAAAAGAGAGACAAGUACGAAAGCACUAUUAUCGAUAAUUGAACUAUUCUGUUACACCACCUUUAGAGUAUGAUAAUACCUUCAGUAACUUUUGUAUGUAUAAAAAAAAAGAAAAAAGAAAAAAAAAAAAAGAAAUAA